AUGUGCAACAAGCUUCGAGGGAAGGUAACUGAGCAGAAGAUGGCAGACUUACCCAUUGAUCGCCUGAGCACUGAACCUCCUUUCACGUAUGCCAGCAAAAGAUGGGCUGUUCUUUUUACUUGUAUGAGUACACGUGCCAUACACAUCGAGCUGAUUGAUUGCAUGGAUUCAUCCACCUUUAUAAAUGCCUUGAGAAGGUUUUUUGCUCUGCGAGGGCCUGCUAAACAAAUUCGUUCGGACUGUGGGACCAAUUUUGUAGGAGCCUGUAAGGAGCUGGAAAUUGUGCUAACCAAUUCUGAACAGCCUAGUGUGAAGAGGUACUUGGGUGGAGAAGGUUGUUCAUGGGUCUUCAAUCCACCUCAUGCAUCCCACAUGGGAGGAGCCUGGGAGCGGAUGAUAGGAGUCUCUAGGCGCAUACUGGAUUCCAUGCUCCAGCAGAUCAGUCCUUCUUGCCUUACACAUGAAGUGUUGUCUACUCUAAUGGCAGAGGUUACAGGAAUUGUCAAUUCAAGACCUCUUGUUCCUAUUUCUUCAGACCCAGAUUCACCUUUCUUGUUGACGCCAGCAACUCAAAAGGGUCAUGCAGUCCUCUCACCUCCAGGUGACUUCAAAGAAACCGAUCUCCACAGGCAGCAAUGGAGACGGGUGCAACAUCUUGCCAACACUUUCUGGAGUAGAUGGAGGCGCGAAUACCUCGCAACGCUUCAAAGCCGAAGCAAAUGGCAAAAGGAACAACGAAAUCUAAAAGAGGGUGAUGUGGUCCUUCUUAAGGAUGCUCAAGCCAAGCGCAAUGAGUGGCCUAUGGCCCUUGUAACCAAGACUUUCGCCAGCAGUGAUGGAAAAGUGAGAACAGUUGAACUAAGAGUUGCAAGGAAUGGGACAAUCAAGACAUUACUCAGGCCUAUAUCAGAGACUGUUCUUCUCAUGCCAACAGAGGACUGAUAAGUGUGAGGUCUUUUGUGAACAUUUCCUUUAUCUUAGUUAAUUAUAUAGUGGUAUCUAAACAAUACCAGGCGGGGAGUGUCAUGGCACGCAUUUAUUUGUUACCUUUAUUAGCACCAUCUUGUGGCAGUUUGGUUUAACAACAAAGAACGUUAAUGAAUGUGAGCUGUUUUCUUAGUGGUUGGUUUAGGUCAUGUGACUCUUGGGUUAGAGGUUAACUAGGAAAUAAUUGCAGUGUUCAAGAUUCUUUCCAUGCAGUUGGCUUUCUGUUUC